AUCACACUAUUUCUUUUAGUCCUACAGGAUCACAUGUUGAAUGGUGUAAACAGCUUAUAGCUGCUACAAUUUCUAGUCAGAUUUCAGGGUCAGUGACAUCAGAAACUGUAUCCCGUGAUUACAAGGAGAUUCAGGAAGAACACAAUGGCUACCCUUCUGAAGCUGAAGCUGAUCAGGCUCUAAGGGAUGGAAAUAAGCUGGCACAGAUGGAGGAAGCACCACUUUUUCCAGGAGAAUCAAUUAAGGCCAUCGUGAAAGAUGUCAUGUACAUCUGCCCGUUCCUGGGUGCUGUGAGUGGGACCCUGACCGUGACGGACUUCAAGAUGUACUUCAAAAAUGUGGAGAGGGACCCGCACUUCAUCCUUGAUGUUCCCCUGGGAGUGAUUAGCAGAGUUGAGAAGAUCGGAGCACAGAGCCAUGGAGACAAUUCUUGUGGCAUAGAGAUCGUGUGCAAGGAUAUGAGGAACUUACGACUUGCUUAUAAACAGGAAGAACAGAGUAAACUAGGGAUAUUUGAAAACCUCAACAAACAUGCAUUUCCUCUUUCCAAUGGACAGGUACUAUUUGCAUUCAACUAUAAAGAAAAGUUCCCAGUUAAUGGCUGGAAGGUUUAUGAUCCAGUGUCUGAAUAUAAAAGACAGGGCUUGCCAAAUGAAAGCUGGAAAAUAUCCAAAAUAAACAGUAACUAUGAGUUCUGUGACACCUACCCUGCCGUCAUUGUUGUGCCAACUAGUGUGAAAGAUGAAGACCUCUCAAAAGUGGCAGCCUUUCGAGCAAAAGGCAGAGUCCCUGUGCUGUCAUGGAUUCAUCCAGAAAGUCAAGCAACCAUUACUCGUUGCAGCCAGCCACUUGUGGGUCCCAAUGAUAAACGCUGCAAAGAGGAUGAAAAAUACUUGCAAACAAUAAUGGAUGCUAAUGCACAGUCACACAAGCUUAUUAUCUUUGAUGCUCGUCAAAACAGUGUCGCUGAUACCAACAAGGCAAAGGGCGGAGGAUUUGAAAGUGAAAGUGCCUACCCAAAUGCCGAGCUUGUAUUCUUAGAGAUCCACAACAUCCACGUGAUGAGAGAGUCUCUACGCAAAUUAAAGGAGAUCGUGUACCCCUCCAUCGAUGAGGCACGGUGGCUGUCCAACAUCGACGGGACACACUGGCUGGAGUAUAUAAGGAUGCUUCUCGCUGGGGCAGUAAGAAUUGCUGAUAAGAUAGAGUCUGGGAAGACCUCUGUGGUGGUGCACUGCAGCGACGGCUGGGACCGAACAGCUCAGCUUGUGUCCUUGGCGAUGCUCAUGUUGGACGGUUAUUAUCGGACCAUCAAAGGAUUUGAAGCGCUCAUAGAAAAAGAGUGGAUAAGCUUUGGACACAGGUUUGCACUGCGAGUGGGCCACGGUAAUGACAACCAUGCGGAUGCUGAUCGGUCUCCUAUAUUUCUGCAGUUUAUUGAUUGUGUUUGGCAAAUGACAAGACAGUUUCCUUCAGCAUUCGAGUUUAACGAGCUAUUCUUAAUCACAAUUUUGGACCACCUUUAUAGCUGUCUCUUUGGGACCUUCCUGUGCAACUGUGAACAGCAGAGAUUCAAAGAGGAUAUAUGUACAAAUACUAUAUCUUUAUGGUCUUAUAUCAACAGCCAGCUAGAUGAAUUUUCUAAUCCCUUCUUUGUGAAUUAUGAAAACCACGUGUUGUAUCCUGUUGCCAGUCUGAGUCAUUUGGAAUUAUGGGUAAAUUAUUACGUACGAUGGAAUCCACGAAUGAGACCUCAGAUGCCCAUUCACCAGAACCUGAAGGAGCUGCUGGCUGUCAGGGCGGAGCUGCAGAAGCGGGUGGAGGACCUGCAACGGGAGGUGGCCACACGCACCGUCUCGUCCUCGUCAGAGCGGGGCUCCUCGCCCUCGCACUCGGCCACUCCUGUCCACACUGCGGUCUGACUUGCCCCCCUGGCGAUCGCUGUUUGGCCGUAACUUGUGCUCUUGUCUUUUAGGAUUAGGCCCAGGGACCAUUUGUGUGGCUAGGUGACAGCGAUGACUGUCAGCCCGUGCUUUUCAUUUUGUGACCAGCCUGUUACUUUCCCUCCUCGGGCAGUCUCAGGGGAGCUGUCAGUCAGGUCCACCCUGUGGACAGACUUCUCGUCUUCCAGGCAGCCUGGCAGAAGGCAGAGGGAAUGGAGCACAGCCUGUGGGCCUCAGGAAGGUGCACGCCAUUUCUUCCAGAGUUCAGUCCUUAGAAACAGGCUGACCGCUGGCCCUGGCUGUGUGCAGCUCCUGG